ACAAACCCCGCAAAAAUGCUUCUAACGACGAGUUUUAAUAUGAUGACCAGAUGGGCUGUGACGGUAGCGCUGCUGCUAAUUGUGGGCGUGGCAGCCGGCAAAGACAAUUUGCAUGUGGAAUAUGAAUGGCGUGAAAUGGAUUUCAAAUACGAUAAUCCCGAUCAGCGUUGGACGGCCAUAGAGCAGGGCGCCUUCAAGCCGACUUCGGUGAUACCCUUCGGAUUGGAGGUCUAUCGCCAUCGGUUAUUCGUCACUCUGCCCAGGUGGCGUAGCGGAGUGCCAGCCUCGUUGGCCUACCUUGAUCUAAAUGACAACUCAACGAAGAUGCCCGCGCUGAUGCCGUUCCCCAGCUGGGUGGCUCACAAUCUGAAUGAUACGGAGCCGGAACUUGUCUCACCUUUCCGGGUGAAGGCCGAUCAAUGCGGUCGUCUUUGGGUGCUCGAUUCGCGUAUUUCAGGCGUGCUGGAGCAGACGAAACUCUAUGGAACUGCUCAAUUGCUGGUCUAUGAUAUCCACAAUGAUGAUCUUUUGCGUCGUUACAUUCUGCCCGCUGGUCAGAGUAAGCAGAGCUCAUUCUUUGCCAACCUGGCUGUGGAGGAUGGCGACUGUGAGAAUACGUAUGCGUAUAUGGCAGACUUGGGCAGUCCCGGUUUGGUUGUCUACUCGUGGCGGGAUCAGGAAUCGUGGCGUGUCCAGCAUCAUUUCUUCCAUCCCGAUCCGCUGGCCGGUAAUUUUAGCAUCAAUGGCAUUGAGUUCCAGUGGGACGACGGUGUUUAUGGAUUGGCCUUGUCAAAGCCACAAAUGGAUGGCUCUGCCACACUCUACUUCCAUCCACUGACCUCCACCAUGGAGUUCUCCGUGAAUACCACCGUUUUGCGGAAUAAGACACUUGCGACUUCGGGUGACAUUUUUAGGGAAUUCAAGAUUUUGGGCUCACGUGGCACGGAUGCUCAGGCGGGUGCCCAAUGCCUGGACCCGGAGACUGGUGUGCUCUUCUAUGCUCUGCCCAAUCAGAAUGCCUUGGGCUGCUGGCAAACCACAAACAACUACAAGAUGCAGGAUCGCGUCUAUGCGAGUGAUAACAUGUUAAUCUUUCCCAGCGAUGUCAAGGUGGAUCAUAAGCGACGCCUUUGGGUGCUCUCCAAUCAGCUGCAGAGCUUCAUCUACGACGAGCUCUAUGGGGGCAGCAUCAAUUUCCGCAUACUCUCUGCCAGCGUGAAAGAUGCCAUUGAGCGGACAUCCUGUGAGCCGCCCAAGAAACUGCCCGAACUAAUUAGUAAACUGGGCGAGGUUAUCAAAACGAAUAUUGGUUUUAAGAGUUCCGAUUCCAGCUCGACUCCCAGCUCCGGAUCCGGUUCCACUUCUGGUUCGGCUGCGUGGUCCUUAAGCUUGAGCGUCCUGCUGCUGGGUUCAGCUAUCUCUUGGCUGCUUUAAGGUCUAGCCUUUUGUACAAAAAACACCAAUGUAAAUGUAGUUUCCUAAUUUCUUGAAUUUCAAUUGAACUCCAUAUGAAUUGUUAUUAAAUCUGAAUUUUAUUUGUAUUUAAUACCACAAACAAGGAAUUUAAUUGUAUACAAGUAUUAUUUAUAAGCUAAAAUAACUUUCAUAAAUUUCACGCAACAAUUUUGAUUCUUUGAUUAAAUGUAAGAAUAAUAAUAAAAGACGU